AAAAGUCUCAUAACGGAACUAAGAGAAUUACUAAAAAGAAGAAAAGACCGCGACACUUAAAAGGCCAAUAUUGGUAAGAUUGUAUUGCAAUCCUCAAAGUGCAGUUGACUUUCAGCAAAGAAAAGAGACUAAGUAGAAAAGACUACAACAUUCCAAAUUUCGUCAUUCAAGUAACAGUGUAAAAGAAUUUUAAACAGUUGGUAUUCUAGAUUAAAGUAAAGAUGGAAGACAAUAUAGUGAACCGCAUACUUUGCCUACACAAACUGGGGAAGUGGAAGGAGAUCUGCGAUAGUUUCCAUGAUCACCUGGACCGGAGCAAAGUGCUGUGGGUGUUCCCUAGUGAAGAGAACUUCGCGUUUAUCGGAGACAGUAUCAAGGAUUUGGGGUGUGAUAGGGUGCUCAGUGUGGGGUGUGGGAGUGGGCUGCUGGAGUGGAUGAUCACACAGGCCACAGGCCUCCCGACGUCAGGCAUCGAAGUGGACGGCGUGUGGUGGCACUGCAAAUACGCGCCGCCAACCUUCAUACCCCUCCUCUUCACCGCCCCUACGUUAGACAAGGACAUCAUACGACUUCUGCACUCUACUACCACGGCGUUGCUCUUCUGUUACUUCAAUAAUAGACCUGCUUUCGAAGAAUAUCUAAGGAAUUUUACGGGGAAAGUGUUAAUUAUUAUAGGGCCGGGGGAUGGCAAGGGCGUGCAUACAGACCCGAGGCCUUUUGGGUAUGUGGGGGAGGAAUGGAAGCUACUCAAAUCUCAGGAGGUUAGGAGCAGUUUAGAUUUUAUUGCGGUUUAUCGUAGAGACUGAAAAAA